AUGCAAACGUUUAACAGAACUAUUCUUAUUCUUGGCGUCGCACUGAUCGCUGCCCUCAUUUCGUCCAUGGCGUUUGCCGUGAGUCCGGUGGGGAAUCCCGUGCUCUACUUUAACCCUGUAGAAACACGCCAAGACAAGGGCGAUAACGCGUGGCGGAACGCCGGCACGGCUGGCGGACAAUUAGAAAAGGGGAGGGGUAAGCCGGUCCUUGAACAGGGCGCCAUUGAGAUUCCCGCGAUUGGCAUCAAGUCGGACAAUGCCGCAUGGUACACCGCAACUCAGUCCAACACAGUUUUUGCCAACGAAGAGGAUGACAAAGACGCGCCUAUAAUCCAUCUUCAAGAUUUUACCAUCGGGCUCCUUAUGCGAAUAAAUGGUCCUCUUUUCAUGGAAGAGCAUCAAGUUUUUGGCAUUCAGACCCAGCCAUGGGGUCCCAUUAAAGACGGUGCGGCCGUCGGAGCAGCCGAGAGAUCAGAUUGUUAG